CUGCGUCAAAAAAGUUUGUUAUUGCAAAAGGAAACGUAUUUUCACGUAAUUUCUGCCUUUUAUUCGACACUUUUCCACGCAAAAGUGCUUUUAGAGUCUUCUUGGAGACGUCCCGCACCAAAGACGGAUGCUCACAGGAACGCCAAACUGAAAUUGGGCAGAUUUAGUGUGAUAUAAAACAUAAAAAAAACGAUGGAAGAUACAGAACGACAACCGCUCUUCCCAAAUCGAGGCGGAGAUGAUUUAGGAGCGGCAGAAGAAACACAAACAACAGCCUCUCAAGUAGGUCCUGAUGAACUUCCGCCGCCAUAUCAACAAGAUGUACAAGGCGGGGGGCCCGUUGUUACAUGCCGCGUUUGCCAAGCGAUGAUUGAUAUUUCAUGGAAACGUGAUCAACACGUUGUGAAGUGUCUACAAUGUAAUGAAGCGACGCCAAUUCGUAAUGCGCCUCCGGGUAAAAAGUACGUUCGUUGCCCUUGCAAUUGUCUUUUAAUCUGUAAAAGCUCAUCUCAACGCGUUGCAUGCCCUCGACCCAAUUGCAAGCGGAUCAUAAAUCUUGCUCCAUCGCCCGUUACGCCGCCUGUUACGAUGCCCGGCAUGUGUCGUAUUACUUGUGGUCAUUGUCAUGACACUUUUGUGUUCAAUACGUUAACGAAUUCGUUAGCAAGAUGUCCCCAUUGUCGCAAAGUUUCGUCUGUGGGUCCUGAUUUUGCACGUCUCCGAAUUAGACUUUACUUUUUGUUUGGUGUUAUUUUCUUAUUGGUUGGAUUUGGUGUCACAUACUUCACAUUAGGAUAUGCUGCGUCCCAUGUUGGCAUGUAUUUCCUCUAUGUUGUCUUGUUUUUGAUUGCUGCUCUUCUGCUAGCGAGAAUGGUCUAUUACGCUGUCUUAAAAGUCUCCAUUAUAGAAGGGCCUAUGUAAGCUACAAAAAAUGCAACAUAGCACGAAGCAAUUUUUGAAUCGACAUUACGAUCUACCACAGAGAGAUCUUCUUUAUUAUUGUAACAGACAUAAAAAUUACUGAACAACAAAAAAAAAACAUUAUUUUUUACUUACAUCUCAUCAACAACUUUUUUCGGGAAAAAAAUCGGAAAAAUGAUGCAAAAAUUUUCAAUCCAGUUUACGAAAAAAAAUACUUAAUCAAAAUUCGCCUAAUUAAGAUGACAUUCCUUCAGUAAAUAUGUAAAAUAAUAUUCAACAUUUUUUUUUUAAUUUUUUCCUUUGUUAAAAAUUUCUGUUCUAAAAAAAUUCAUGUUUCAAUGCUUUUUAAAAAUUUUUCGAAAAAUAUUUUUUUUUAAUUUUUUUUUUUGUAAAAACCAUGAGAACAAAAGAUUGUAGAGCAAAUUGAGUUGGAAUUUUUGCUAUCUCUAAUUAUUAUAUUAAAAAUUUAUUAUUACAAAAUUAUAUAAUAUUAUGUAGAUCUAUCACUU